AAAUGGUGCUCGGAUUCAGUCCCCAGAGCAAAGAUCAAAAUUCGUACCAGGCCCACCUUCUGCUCGCCGUAGCCCUCGGCUGGUGUUGCGUGUUUGUCUGCGUCCACAAUGGCAUCAGGUCACUGGGAAAGGUCAUCUACAUAACCACCACGCUGCCGUUCGGGCUACUGCUCAUCAUACUCUCUCGAGUGCUCGCGUUGCCAGGAGCGUCUGUGGGGCUGAAGUUUUUCAUCGUGCCCAAGUGGAGAGAAGUUCUGUCUGUCACGGCUUCGACCUUGCCUUCGUGGCCUAUCCGGAAGCCGUGAGCCAUUUCAGGAACGCUUCCCUGUGGGUUGUCUGCUUUUACGUGGCGCUGUUCUGCAUGGCACUGAAUGCCCAGUGCGCCACCGUUCAGGCCGUGCUCAGCCCCGUGCGUGACGAGUUUACCCCCACCUUGAGACCUCGUCGUUGGGUGCUGGCCGCCACUGGGUGCCUGGCGCUCAUGUUCUUCGGUUUGCCCAUGACACGACAGGACGGAAUCUUCACAUUGAAGAUGUUCAACGCAUAUUUCGGGGACCUACUGCUGCCGAUGCUGGCGUUAUUCGAAACCUGCUUCGUCGUGCACGGAUACGGUUUGAAUCGUUUCUCUCAGGAUAUUUGCUUUAUGCUCAAGAAAUGGCCGUCGUUUACGCUAAUAUUUUCGUGGAAAUACGUUUGCCCUGCCAUUCUGCUGGCCAUUUGCAUCACAAACAUCGUGUUCUUCGAGAAACUCCACAUAGCAGGAUACGACUUGCCUGUGUGGACGACCUGCGUUGGCAUAACGCUCGUAUUCAUAGGCCUGGCGAUAGUAGUCGCCUUCUGCGUCUAUCACCUUUAUAUCUGUGAAUGGGACUACGACGCGGCGCUGGCGAUCAACGAGGAUUGGGGUCCUCGGGAUCCCGACGAGCACUUGCGCUACCUCGCCUUCCUCAAGAGCCAGGGCACUGAAGCUGCGGCCGAGGGGCAGAGUGAGGACACGACGACGGACGCUCGCAGCCAGGGACAGUCAUCCGGCGAAGAAGGACAAAGCGGCAUCCAGGCUGCUGUGGUCGUCGCUCUCGAAGAGACUCCACCGGAGAUAAUUGCUGUCUUGUCGGACUCACCGGCGAUGCCCACGGCGCCUGGAGUUCCUUCGGAGGGCGGCGCGCAGCGCUCGCACAGCGACCGGAACGCAGGACUGACGCGUACGCUGGUCAUCUCCGAGUCGGGUGUCACAGUCGUCACCAAUCCGCUGUCGGACGGCGAGGAAAUGCCACCCAAAGCCGCCAGCGUCUCCUAG